GCCGCAGCCCUCUCCCGGGGCUAACACCUCGCGGCCGCCUCCGUCCACGACUCGUCCGAGGAGGAGUUCCCCUUUCCUCUCGACGCCUCGCGAGCGGUCGAAAACCUAGCCGCCAAAUCCAUGGCUCGACGCGGACGCGACGAAGACGACGACGAGGUCGAGGAGGAGGAGGACGAGGAGGAAGCCUAUGACCUGGACGAGGAGGAGGACGAAGAGGACGACUACGAGGAGGAGGCGAGGGGCCGGGGUAAGGCAGCCGCCCGUUCCCGUGGCAGCGGCGGCGGCGGCGGCAGCGGGGGGCGGAAGAGAUCGCGCCAGGACAACUUCAUCGACGACUCUGCCAUCGAGGAUGACGACGAGGAGGAUGAGGAUGACGACGGCGGGGGCCGGCCGAGGAAGAAGGGCGGCGGCGGUGUGCGCGGCUUCUUCGACGAGGAGGCGCAGGUCGACGAGGACGAGGAGGAAGAGGACGAGGGAGAAGGCGAGGAUGACUUUAUCAAUGAUGCGGGGGCCGACAUUCCUGAUGAUGAUGCUGCCAGGGGCUCCAGAUCGCGUCAUUCUAUCCCUAUGAGGGAUGAAGAAGAGGAUAUUGAGGAGAUUGAGAGACAAGUACGAGAGAGAUAUGCAAGAUCUACUCAUAUCGAGUAUGGAGAGGAGGCCGCAGAUGUAGAACAGCAAGCUCUCUUGCCAUCAGUGAAGGAUCCAAAGCUCUGGAUGGUGAAAUGUGCGAUUGGGCAUGAGAGGGAGACAGCGAUUUGUCUAAUGCAAAAGUUCAUUGAUAGGACAGAUCUCCAGAUAAAGUCUGUCGUUGCAUUAGAUCAUCUAAAAAAUUAUAUUUAUGUUGAGGCGGAAAAAGAGGCACAUGUCAAAGAGGCUUGCAAAGGUCUACGAAAUAUUUACGCUUCCGCCAAAAUUACAUUAGUUCCGAUAAAAGAAAUGGCAGAUGUCCUCUUUGUUGAGAGCAAGACUGUUGAUCUUUCAAGGGAUACUUGGGUCCGGAUGAAGCUGGGAGUAUAUAAAGGUGACCUUGCUAAGGUUGUUGAUGUUGAUACUGUACGCCAAAGGGUAACUGUGAAGCUCAUCCCUAGGAUGGAUCUACAAGCUCUGGCUAGUAAACUGGAAGGGAGGGAGGUUGUAAAGAAGAAAACGUUUGUCCCACCUCCAAGAUUCUUUAAUAUUGACGAGGCCAGGGAAUUGCACAUUCGUGUAGAGAGGAAGCGAGAUAAAGAUUCGGGAGAGUACUUUGAGAUGGUUGAUGGUUUAAUGUUCAAAGAUGGUUUCUUACAUAAAACAGUCUCGACAAAAUCAAUCCACACACAGGGUAUUCAGCCAACAUUUGAUGAACUGGAGAAGUUCAGGAAACCUGGCGAUGACAUGAAUGGGGAUAUGGCAAGCUUGUCUACUCUGUUUUCUAAUCGGAAAAAAGGACACUUCAUGAAGGGUGAUGCUGUCAUUGUUAUUAAAGGCGAUCUAAAAAACUUGGAGGGGUGGGUCGAGAAAGUAGAGGACACUACAGUCCAUAUCAGGCCAAAAUUAUCUGAUCUUCCGAAAACAUUAGCCUUCAACGAAAAAGAGCUUUGCAAAUAUUUCAAGCCUGGAGAUCAUGUAAAAGUGGUAUCAGGUGUCCAAGAGGGUGCUACGGGCAUGGUUGUUAAAGUUGAUGGGCAUGUACUCAUCAUUUUAUCAGACACAACUAAAGAACAUAUCCGUGUGUUUGCUGAUCAUGUUGUGGAGAGCUCUGAGAUAACCACUGGAAUCACCAGAAUUGGCGAUUAUGAACUGCAUGAUCUUGUGCUUUUGGACAACUUGUCAUUUGGGGUUAUUAUAAGAGUGGAAACGGAAGCUUUCCAGGUUCUGAAAGGAAUGCCGGAUAGACCUGAAGUGGUGAUGGUAAAAUUAAGAGAAAUAAAAAGCAAAAUUGAUAGGCGUGCAUCAGCACAAGAUAAGUCCAACAACAUGAUCUCUACUAAGGAUGUUGUCAGGGUUGUUGAGGGACCAUGCAAGGGAAGGCAAGGACCUGUGGAACACAUACAUAAGGGGAUAUUGUUUAUAUAUGAUAGGCACCACCUUGAACAUGCAGGCUUCAUUUGUGCAAAAGCAAAACAAUGCCUUCUUAUAGGUGGAUCAAAUGGCGGACGUCGUGGAAAUGGUAUGGAUGCUGCAGAUGCUAGACUGGGUGCUCUGAGAACUCCGGCGAGCAUUUUGCAAUCUCCAGGAAAGCUGCCCCCAAGGGGGCCUUACAUGAAUUCUGGUGGAAGAUUUGGGGGAGGUGGUCGUGGGGGAAGAGGAUAUGAUGCCUUAGUGGGUAAAUGUAUCAAAAUUAAAUCUGGUCCCUAUAAAGGGUACCGUGGCCGUGUUAAAGAGGUGACUGGGGUGCUUGUGCGUGUGGAGCUUGAUUCACUGAUGAAGAUUGUCACAGUUAAGCGAGAGGAUAUCGCCGACACACCUACUGUGGCAACACCAUUCCGUGAACCUCGAUAUUCGAUGGGUGGUGAAACACCAAUGCACCCGUCUAGAACGCCACUUCAUCCCUUUCAGACUCCAAUGCGGGACCCUGGAGCAACGCCGAUACAUGAUGGAAUGCGAACUCCUAUGCGUAGCCGAGCCUGGGCUCCUAUGAGCCCUCCGAGGGAUAAUUGGGAAGAUGGAAAUCCUGAUACUUGGGGAAGCAGUCCGGCUUACCAUCCAGGAACUCCACCAGCUCGACCAUAUGAAGCCCCCACACCUGGCUCAGGGUGGGCAAAUACCCCAGGAGUCAGUUAUAAUGAUGUUCCAACUCCUAGAGAGAGCAACUACGGAAAUGCUCCAAGCCCAUACGUGCCUUCCACCCCUGUUGGUCAACCAAUGACACCAAAUUCUGCCUCGUACCUCCCUGGUACACCUGGUGGUCAACCGAUGACUCCAGGCAAUGUAGGCAUGGAUAUGAUGUCCCCCAUAAUAGGUGGGGAGGGUGAAGUUAACUGGCUGUUGCCAGAUGUUUUGGUUAAUGUGUUGAGGGCAGGCGACGACGGCCCUGGUAUUGUCAGGGAAGUCCUCGGAGAUGGAUCUUGCCGAGUUGCACUUGGGUCGUCGGGCAAUGGAGAUAUCGUGACGGUUCUUCCAAAUGAGCUUGAGGCUGUCAGGCCAAAGAAGGGCGACAGGAUCAAGAUCUUGAAUGGCAACUUCCGCGGAUUCGUGGGAAAACUCAUAGGAAUAGAUGGUUCCGAUGGCAUCGUGAAGCUCGAUGACACAUAUGAAGUCAAGAUCUUAGAUAUGGUGAUUUUGGCCAAACUGGCGACUUGAGAUGUAUGUAUAUUUGUAACGAGUCCAUCAUACAAGCCUUUGUUACAGGUUCGUUGUUUCUCAAUAAAACAUGUUAUUUAUUUCGUUAGCUGUAUCCCAGAUUGUCAUCAAAAGGAAAACAUGUCAUGAGGUAACGUUGUCUACAGUUACAGCCAUCUGACGUGUCAUAUGUUCGGUUAAUCUUUGCCAACUAUUACUCCUUGUAUACAAAUUCAUGUCAGUUAAUUCGGAACGGAGGGAGUAUCAUCGUAGAGUGCAA